UUUUUUUCUUGAUCCUGGCCCGUGGAUCAGGGGAGUCAAUGGAGCCCUGGCCCCGCAUCACCCAGCCUGUGCUGUGCCGCAAACGCCACGUCCACGUGCACCUGUGUUGUGCUGAUGGCACCCUUCAGCAUGCUAUUGUGACUUCAAAGAAACAUAGCAGGGAUCUCUAUCGAUGUGUCCGGAACAGUAAUUGUGGAGAUCGUCUUCCUAUUUCGACUCCAGAAACCGAAUCCAUUUUGGAGGACAAAUCAACCCUCGAAGACCAGAUAAACGCUUCUCAAAAAGUUAAAACUGCUCCUUGCCAGGAUCAGAAUGAAUGAGAUCCCUUCCGGCAUACUUGUAAGGAUUCCUUUUGGUAUUCAGACCGGAUGUCUAUCUCAGAUUGCUGAUUUCCAGAAUCUAAAUUCCUUAUGCGGUUUGGAGCUGUAGAGCCAAGUUGGUUAAGCUUUCUGCUUGGCAGUGCAUGUAUAAUCCAGAGGAUCAAACGGUGGUACCCCUCAACCGGGGUUCCAUGGAUAAUGCUGAUUUUCGUGGAACAACUUCAGCCAGUAUCAGAUGCAGUGAAUUUAAUUCAGCUGUUUUUCUCUUGGAAAUAAUAGCAAACCAAUUCGGAUCUCCAGGAAUUUAAUUAGUUGUGAUGAUGAUGGUGGGCAGUUUGAACAUUCUCACAAGGCACAGAGACAAACCCUUUGGUCGACUUCGUCAGUCUUGUGGUCUACAAAGAAUUUGGAUUACAGAUUCCAUCUCCAGUCCUUGGCUAUGAGAGUUUGUUGGGCCUGACAAAGGCUUGGCGAGCACGAGGGUGCCAGAGUCUACACUGCAUAUACCUCUUUCUGGAUUAUUCCAUUUGGAUUGAAAAAUGGGCUGUUUAAAUCUUCCCAUCCUUUAAAACAUCAUCUGUAAGAUGAAUUGAAGGUGAUAAAAAUUAGCUUAUUACUUUUGCAUACAGUAGGAGUGUGUUACACAAGAAAUGCAGUAACACUCCCUUCCGGAGAAGAAGUAAAGGCCAAAAUUAUAUGUG